UGUUCAGUUGGUGAACCGAUUAAAGAAAGAACUGCAUAAUAAUGGCGCGCAUGAAGAAAAAUGAGAGCUGGAUUCCAGAGUCACGCAACUUUUUUACGGACGUGAUGAAAGACGUUUUUGCAAAUAUGAGCGGCAAUGAAAUGUUUGAAUUAAGCCGCACUGAGGGAAUGCAGCUUGAAAAAUUAGAGAAGUUGUGGCUGAUCAAUUAUAAGCCCUUAGAGCAUCUGCCCGAGUCGAAUCCUUGUCCAUUGCCGCCAAAGCCCAAACGAGCGCCACAAAAAUCUCAAAUAAGCACAACAAUUACGACAAGCUCAACAAUAACAGCAGCAACAACAAUUACAAGAACAACCUUCGCGAGAAGCGAGACGGAAGAUGAAAAGUAUGUGGACGCUAGCACGCUGGAUGACAACUUGGAUAUUGUGUAUCGCAUUAAUAUACCGCGCUUACGGCCUCAUUGGCGCCACAGAAGCAUGGAUCUCAAGAUAAAGGCCAUUAUGGAAUUGCCGACGGAAGAGGCCACUACCUUAUUCCAGAGCCAUGUCGACCAAAUGCUGCAGGCGGCCUAAAUGUACUUUAUA